AUGGUUUCUUUUCUAAGAAAGUUAAGAACUUCUUCUGUUCCUCCUAUGGAAACAGAAGAUAGCAUUAGUGGUAGUAGUAAUUUUGAAUAUUCUUUUGCUGUUGUUUAUACUGGUCCUCCUCUUGAUCAUUCAAUCCCUGAAAUCCCUACUUUCAAAAUUGAUCAAGUUCCAAUUGCUUCUAUAGCUCCUUCUCUUUCUCAUGAUUUCAAUGUACCUGUUAUUCAACCACUUGGUAAAGUUCUUCACAAGAAUAAGCUCAAACAUAAAAGAACAACUUCAGAUUCUACUGUUUAUCCUAAUUUAGAAUCUCAUGUAGUUGAAAUUGAAGCAUCAAACAGUGAUGUUCAUGUUCAUGUUCAUGUUCAUGUUGAUUUGAAUGAGAAUGAGAAUGGAGUUGUUGAUGAUGUUCCUAGCAAUUCUGAUACAAUUGAAUCAGGUUCUGGUUCUGGUAUAGGGUUUAGGACUUCUGAGAUUUGUUCAAUAAGUGAAGAACAAGAAGAAGAAGAAAGAGUUAGAACGAAACAUGUUAAACAUCCUUCCGCGGUUACAUUCUGUGACCCCGAAUCGAAUUGCGUGGUAGAAAUCGAAAGUGACGAGUUUUCUGAUUCGCGCAAUGUAAGUGUACCUGUGAAGGAACAUGCAAUUAGACCAGGGAAAAAAGGGUCUUGUUAUAAGUGUCUUAAAGGGAAUAGUUUAACGGAGAGAGAGGUUUGUAUUGUUUGUAGUGCAAAGUAUUGUAGUUACUGUUUGAUACGAGCAAUGGGAGCUAUGCCGGAAGGAAGGAAAUGUUUGGGUUGCAUUGGUUAUGGAAUUGAUGAGAGUAAAAGAAGGAAGCUUGGUAAAUGUUCGAGGAUGAUGAAACAGUUGUUGUCUGAGACUAUUGUAGAUCAAAUUAUGGAAAAUGAAAGGCUUUGUGAAGCUAAUCAAAUUCCGCCCGAGCUUGUUCAAGUUAACUCGCAAAGACUUAAUCGAGAACAACUUAAUUUGUUGCUUCAUUGUGAUCAUCCUCCGAAAGAUCUUAAACCGGGAUCUUAUUGGUAUGAUAAAGCUUCUGGAUUUUGGGGAAAGAAAGGUCAACCGCCUUGUGAAAUAAUAAGCCCCCGGUUGGACGUUGGCGGUCGUUUGGAGAAAAAUGCAAGCCACGGAAACACAAACGUGAUGAUAAAUGAUCGUGUGAUUACUAAAAAAGAGAUCAUGAUACUAAAGAUGGCAGGAGUGCCAUGUGAAGGAACUCCACACUUUUGGGUUAAUCCUGAUGGAUCGUACCGCGAAGAAGGACAAAAGAACGAUAGGGGGCGCAUAUGGGACAAGGUUGGAACAAAGGUUGCUUGUGCUAUUCUGUCUCUGCCAGUUCCUUCAAAAUCUGCGUCUCUUAACGAUGAAGUUGAAACAGCUAAGAAACUCAGUCUUCAUAAGAAAAGACUUCAAAAUUUUUUACUCGUCGGUUGUGUCAAUUCUGGAGCGUGCACUAUAUUUAAGCAGGCCAAACUUUUAUAUGAUGCUCCUUUCUCCGAAAACGAGCUUCAAAAUAUCAAGUUGGUGAUUCAAAGCAACCUGUUUAUAUACCUUGGUUUACUUCUGGAGGCGCGUGGAGAUUUCGAAGAAGAGUGUUUGCUAGAAAAUCAGAAAAGAUUGUCUUCUGAUGAAUCCACAUCAUCUGGUAACAUGGAUGCAAUAUUUCCAGCUGCUAUACGCGAAUAUGGGCCAAUGGUAGAGGAUUUGUGGAGGAACGAGGCGAUUCAGGCGACAUACAACAGGAGAAAUGAACUAAAAAUGCUACCUAGAAGUGCUAACUAUUUUCUAGACAGGGCUAUUGAAAUUUCCAAGAUAGAUUAUGAACCAUCUGAUAUGGACAUUUUAUAUGCUGAGGGGAUGUCAUUACCCAACAGCCUCACAUCAAUGGAGUUUUCAUUUCCAAAGUCGAGCAGAGAGGAGUCUUUGCAUCCCGAUUAUCAACACGAUUCUUCUCUCAGAUAUCAGCUCAUCAGAGUACAUCCUAAAAGUCUUGGAGUAAACUGCAAGUGGUUGGAGAUGUUCGAAGACACCGAUGUGAUUUUGUUCUCUGUCUCCUUAACCGACUAUGAUGAGUACAUUGUAGACAGCAAAGGAGUUUCCACAAACAAAAUGUUGGUAUCGAAAAACCUAUUUGAAAACAUCAUCGAUCAUCCAACUUUCAAGAAGAAGAAAUUUGUUCUGAUACUUACCAAAUUUGAUCUUCUAGAGGAAAAGAUCGAACAUGUUCCACUAAAAAAGUGUGAAUGGUUUUCCGACUUUAAUCCGGUUACAAGUCACAGUAAAAAAAGAAGUGGCAAUGCUAACAACGGAACUAUGCCAUCAUUAGCUCAAAGUGCUUUUCAAUACAUUGCUACAAAGUUUAAGAGAUUGUUCCAUUCUUUUACAGAACGAAUUCUGUUUGUUUCUUUGGUUACUGGAUUGGAACCCGAUACGAUCGAUGAAGCUCUUAGAUAUGGUAGGGAGGUUAUAGAAUGGGAAAAAUGGGAUCCUUCUAUUGUUAAUGAGAAGUCUGAGAUUACUUCAACCAGUGCUGAAGAGGCAAGUUUUUCAUAA